CCUGACGCCUCUUCACCGUCUCUGCCUCCACCAUUCACCACCUCCGCUUCCACUCUUCGUCGCUCUUUCCAAUUCCGAUCUCGAGCAACCUCUCCUCAAUCCCAUCAACGCGUAAUAAUCCACGUUUCCGCUCUCUCCUCCGGCUAGCCUCUGCUUCAGCUGCUGGAUUUUAGCUGCCAACGAGCACAAUUUCCCUGGAAUUUCUCUGUAUUGAACCUUCUGCCGCUUCCAAGCAGGCCCUAGCAAUUUCCGGUCACGCAAAAUCGAAUUGUACAAUAAUUUCAAAUGCUCCAGAUCGUGGAGGCUAUCCGGCAAGCACCUUAUCGAUUCGACAAUGCUGCUCUAAUGGCCAGCGCCUUGAUGCAAGACGUGUCCAGCGCUAGGGCUCUGUUGCAAUCGGCGAUGGCAUCUGCGAUUCGUCCGGCCGAUCAAAAGGCCGAGGCGCGGUGGACGUAGCACUCUGAUAGAAACCCAUGCGGCGCGCCCCGGCGCCCGUCAAGGAUUUUCGUGAAGUGUCUAACGGCUUCGGAGUAGAGUCCUGAGUCGAGGGCGGCGAUCGCGGCCGUCUUGCGGCGGAUGAGGAGCUGGAUGCGAGAUGCUCUCAAAUUCGGUCUUCGGAGGCCUCUCCAGCUGGUGAUUCAAUCCAAGAAAACCCCAAUUUUGUUCUUUUACUUUUUCAAUUCAUCAUCUUUCCAUUCACCACAACCCUACGCGAAUUCGAGCUGAAAUCGACGAAUUCGAACGCCGGAAAAGCUCAAUUAUUUAUGAUCGGCGACGAUGUAUAGCAAUUUCAAGGAGCAAGCGAUCGAGUAUGUCCGGCAGGCAGUCGCCGAGGACAACGCCGGAAACUAUGCCAAGGCCUUCCCGCUGUAUAUGAACGCGCUGGAGUAUUUCAGGACGCACCUCAAGUACGAGAAAAACCCUAAGAUCAAGGAGGCCAUCACACAGAAGUUCACCGAGUACUUGCGCCGGGCGGAGGAGAUCCGCGGCGUGCUCGACGAGGGAGGAUCGGGCCCCGCCGCGAAUGGCGAUGCGGCCGUGGCGACGCGGCCAAAGUCCAAGCCCAAGGGCGGGAAGGACGGUGAGGGGGAGGAUGGCGAUAAGGAGAAGCUUCGGGCGGGGCUGAACUCGGCUAUUGUUAGGGAGAAGCCUAAUGUUAAGUGGAAUGAUGUGGCUGGAUUGGAGAGCGCGAAGCAGGCACUGCAGGAGGCUGUGAUUCUCCCCGUGAAGUUCCCGCAGUUUUUUACUGGUAAGAGGCGCCCUUGGAGGGCUUUUCUUUUGUAUGGUCCUCCUGGAACAGGAAAGUCAUACUUGGCCAAGGCUGUUGCCACUGAAGCUGACUCCACAUUUUUCAGUGUUUCUUCUUCAGACUUGGUUUCAAAAUGGAUGGGUGAAAGUGAAAAGCUAGUCUCUAAUCUCUUCCAAAUGGCACGUGAAAGUUCUCCCUCGAUCAUAUUUAUUGAUGAAAUAGAUUCCCUCUGUGGACAGCGUGGAGAAGGAAAUGAAAGUGAAGCAUCUAGGCGAAUCAAAACAGAAUUGCUUGUGCAGAUGCAGGGGGUGGGACACAAUGAUGACAAAGUUCUUGUUCUUGCUGCCACUAAUACUCCUUAUGCUCUUGAUCAGGCUAUAAGGCGGCGGUUUGACAAGCGUAUUUAUAUCCCACUACCAGAUGUGAAGGCACGUCAGCACAUGUUCAAGGUGCAUUUAGGAGAUACUCCUCAUAACUUGAACGAUAGUGACUUUGAAAGCCUAGCUCGUAAGACAGAAGGUUUUUCUGGUUCUGAUAUUGCUGUUUGUAAUGGUAUGAAUGACUUUAAUUGGUUAAGGACGUCUUAUUUGAGCCUGUACGAAAAACACAAGAUGCAAUGUUCUUCGUUAAGACACCUAGUGGUGCAUGGGUGCCAUGUGGACCUAAGCAACCAGGAGCCAUCCAGAUAACCAUGCAGGAGCUUGCUGCAAAAGGACUUGCUGCACAGACCUCCUAUAUCAAAAACAGACUUUGACAAGGUGCUUGCAAGGCAAAGACCAACUGUGAACAAAUCUGAUCUCGAUGUGCAUGAGAGAUUCACAAAGGAAUUUGGCGAGGAAGGCUAACGAACUUGAGGUGCUUUAGCCGGCUACAACUUGUGUACCUGGUGACUUUUUGUAUGUUACUACGUAUGAUUUUUUACUGCAUUCAGAUUAGCUCAUCAAAGGGGAAAGGUUAGACGACUUUUCAUUUUCCUCCAGCAUGGUCCAGAAAAUGAGCCGAGGCUUCUCAAAUUGCUGUACUUAUGUUAUGUACAAACAUUAAAACUACUCCAACAAACGAUGUCAAUAUGGUGUGUUCAUGUGAGGUGACAUUUUCUCCUUGUGGUAAAUUGAUAUCAUUCCACCAGCAAAGUGAUGGAGAUGACAUGAGACUGCUGUUGCAUGUCGCCGUUCCUCCAUUUUUCAUGUUUUCUGAUCGACAGUGGUGGAUGAUGGUCGUGAUGGAGGAAGCCACCAAACCAAGUCUUAUUCACUUAUUCUGCUAUGGCUAGAAGAGACUCAACAAAAUCAUAGAAUAAGUUGUUAGAUUAGAACCAACCAGCAAUUGACCAAAUAAAACUGUUGCAACCAAUAUGUAAAUGGGAUCCCUAUCUCUUUCUGUGUCUCAAUUGCUCUAAAUGGAUGUCACUACAAACUUAUGGUGAUAUGUUAAUACAUGGACUACUUCACAAUUGUA